AUGGACCAGGACAACCCGAGCCAAAGUCAGACGCCAACAGACCACCCGGGUGAAGCAGAAAACGCAAAAACAUCUGAAACUACCGCACCGCAUCCUUCAGAUCCGAUAUCGGAGUCCACCGCCGGUCCGCCCGUUGCUGUUGCCAGGCCUCGCCGGCCCCAGAGAAGUGCCAGAGUAGAAGGUUCUGUAGAUGUAUGUGAACCCCGAGCUGAGCCCACACGAGGAGAUAACCCAGGCGAAUGCCAUCCCGAUGGCGCGGCGGCAAGUCGCGGCAAAGCUACUACCGGCCCACCGGUCAGGACCUCUGGAGAUAGGCCCACUCCCAACAUCAAAGCUGGCCCAAAAGGUCCAGGGCACCAUGCCGUUAGAGCUGCGUCAGUGCCCCAUCAGCCCACCAACAAGGCUUUACCUGCUCAUCUGAACCUCCACGCCCAAAGAGCUCUGUCUGUGGCAGGCACAGCCGACACUCAGUCCCAGACUGUAGAAGAUUUCAGGGUGCACAUCAUCACUUGGAAUGUGGGUUCAGCCACACCUCCUGACGACAUCACCUCCUUGUUGGGCUUGAAUAUCGGCGAUGGGAACACAGACAUGUACAUCAUCGGGCUGCAGGAAGUCAACUCUAUGAUUAACAAACGGCUGAAAGAUGUCCUCUUCACAGACCAGUGGAGCGAAGUUUGCAUGGAAAGACUCAGCCCCUUUGGAUAUGUGCUGGUGACCUCCCAGAGGAUGCAGGGUGUGUUGCUGCUGGUUUUUGCCAAGUACUACCAUCUGCCCUUCCUGCGGGGAGUCCAGACGGAGACCACCCGCACUGGCCUUGGGGGUUACUGGGGAAACAAAGGUGGAGUCAGUGCCCGCAUGUCCGUGUUCGGUCACACAAUCUGCUUCCUUAACUGCCAUCUACCGGCUCACAUGGAAAACUCGGAUCAGCGUAUGGAGGACUUUGAGAGCAUCCUCCAACAACAGCAGUUCGAAGGGCCGGCAGCCUCUGGUGUCCUUGACCAUGAUGUGGUGUUCUGGCUGGGCGACCUCAAUUUCCGCAUCGAUGACUUGGAAAUGCAAGUGGUAAAAACGGCCAUCGAUAAUAACAAGUUCUCCAUGUUGUGGGAGAAUGAUCAGUUAAACAUGGCCAAGGACAGUGAAACGGUGUUGAUGGGAUUCCAAGAAGGACCCCUCAAGUUCCCACCCACUUACAAGUUUGACGUUGGGACAAAUGUAUAUGACACGAGUGGAAAAAAACGUAAACCGGCCUGGACCGACCGGAUCCUCUGGCGCCUGAGAGCCACGGGCCCCGCUGCCAACACCAGCAAGCGUGGUUCCGUUUCAGGGUUGACCAGCGGCACCAAAGUAACGCAGCACUGCUACAGAAGUCACAUGGAAUACGUCGUCAGUGACCACAAACCAGUCUCUUCCAUCUUUACCCUGCAGUUCCCCUACAAAGUGGAUGUUCCCCUGGUCACAGUCUUGGUGGAGGAUGAGUGGAAUAGUAUUGCUGAUGCCGUAGUCAAGUUCAAACUGGCACCCAACUAUUCUCGCAGCUCCUGGGACUGGAUCGGACUGUAUAAGGUGGGUUUCAAGCACCACAAAGACUAUGUGGGAUACGUGUGGGCCAAACAGGAGGAAGCAGAUUAUCACAGACAAGAACAUCAGGUAACCUUUACAGAAGAGGAACUGCCCAAAGGCUCGGGAGAUUUUCUCUUGGGUUACUAUAGCAACAACAUGAGCACCAUUGUGGGUGUCACAGAGCCAUUUCAGAUCCAGCUUCCCACAUCAGGCAAUGACAGCAGUUCUUCAGACAGCUCCGACUUAAGCUCGGAGGAAGACAACACUGUCGUCCUCACAAAGUCGAGGUCCCGCAGUUCCAGUCCUCACAGGUCCAAGCACCACCGCCAUCGCUCCGGAAGUCCCCCAGACGCCGAAACGAAGGAGCUCACUGCCACCGACGGUGCUUCAUCCGUGACAGCAUGUGAAAGCGAGUCCAUAAAAUGUCCAGCAGAGGGCAGCCAACGGCCUGUUUCUGAGGAGAGCGAAAAACAGAGAGAGGAGACCGGGGUGUGA